UCAAAGAAAUCAGAAAGAAGCAUCAGAAAUGAGUUGGACUCCAUAUUUGAGGAGCUGGAGCAGAAGGUCUUCACUCUGUUGAAGAAUGAGCUGCAUAAAUAUAAGAAAAUACUGAGUCCAGAUUACCCAGAAUGCUCUGAGGUGAAGGAUGAGGAGGAUCAAUGUAGUUUCAGAGAGGAGGUGCUGAAGAUCACACUACAUGUCCUCAAGAAGAUGAACCAGACAGAUUUAGCCAACAAACUGCAGACCAAGCUGGUCUCUGUUUAUCAGAAGAACCUCAAAACCAAACUGAUAGAGAAAUAUAGAGAAAUUAAUGAAGGAAUCUCACAGCCUGGAUCAUCAGUUCUCCUUGAUCAGAUCUACACUGAGCUCUACAUCACACAGGGUUCGAGUGGAGACGUCAAUAAUGAACAUGAAGUGAGACAGAUUGAAACGACAUCCAGGAGACCAACAACACAGGAGAAACCCAUCAAAUGUAAGGACCUCUUUAAAGACAUGUCCAUCAGAACUGUGCUGACUAAAGGAGUUGCUGGAAUUGGAAAAACAGUCUCUGUGCAGAAGUUCAUUCUGGACUGGGCUGAAGGAAAAGCCAAUCAGGACGUUCUCUUCAUGUUCCCACUUCCCUUUAGAGAGCUGAAUCUGAUGAAGGAGAAACAUCUCAGUCUGAUGGAGCUUCUUCAUUAUUUUUUCCCAGAAUUUAAUAGAAUAAAACCAAUAAACUGCAACACCUACAAGAUCAUUUUCAUCUUUGAUGGUCUGGAUGAGUGUCGACUUCCUCUAAACUUCCAGAACAAUGAUGAUAUGUGGGAUGUAACAGAAUCAGCCUCAGUGGAUGUGCUGCUGACAAACCUCAUCAAGGGGAACCUGCUUCCCUCUGCUCUCCUCUGGAUCACCUCUCGACCAGCUGCAGCCAAUCAGAUCCCUCCUGAGUGUGUAGCCCAGGUAACAGAGGUACGAGGGUUCAGUAAUCCUCAGAAAGAGGAGUACUUUAGGAAGAGGUUCAGUGAUGAGAACCUGGCCAGUAAAAUCAUCAAACACAUGAAGUCAUCAAGAAGCCUCUACAUCAUGUGUCACAUUCCAGUUUUCUGCUGGAUUUCAGCCUCUGUUCUAGAGAGAAUGCUGGGUGAAGCAGAGGGUGGAGAGAUCCCCAAAACUCUGACUCAAAUGUUCAUUCACUUCCUGAUCUUUCAGAUCAAACACAAGGAACAAAAGUAUCAUGGGAAAUGUGAUCCUGACCCUCAUCAGACCAGAGAGACGAUACUGGCACUGGGAAAACUGGCUUUCCAACAGCUGGGAAAAGGAAACCUGAUCUUCUAUGAAGAAGACUUGAGAGAGUGUGGUAUUGAUGUCAGAGAAGUGUCAGUGUACUCAGGAGUGUGCACCCAGAUCUUCAGAGAGGAGUUUGGGUUACACCUGGGGAAGGUCUUCAGCUUUGUUCAUCUGAGCGUCCAGGAGUUUCUGGCUGCUUUAUUUGCAUUUAUCUGCUUCAUCAGCAAAAAGCCAACAGAACAACAAACCAAUGAUCUGUCUGAUCUGUUCACCAAGUCCAUGUCUGAUUUCCUCAGGAGUGCAGUGGACAAGGCCUUGCAGAGUGAGAAUGGACACCUGGACCUUUUCCUUCGCUUCCUUCUGGGUCUCUCACUGGAGUCCAAUCAGACUCUCUUACGAGACCUACUGACACAGACAGGAAGUAGCUCUCACAGUAAAGAGGAAACUGUGGAGUACAUCAAGGAGAAGAUCAGGAAGGAUCCCUCACCAGAGAAAUCCAUCAAUCUGUUCCACUGUCUGAAUGAACUGAAUGAUCAUUCUCUCGUGCAGGAGGUCCAGACUUACCAGACCAAAAUAGAAUCUUAUAUUAGUUAUGUAUGUUAUGAUACAACAGCUUAUUCUAAACGCUUUGGUUCUGGUUGUCUCAGAGGAACCAGUCUCUCUCCUGCUCAGUGGUCAGCACUGGUGUUUGUGUUGCUGAACUCAGUAGAAGAUCUGGAGGAGUUUAAUUUAAGUAAAUAUUAUGGAUCAGAUGAAUGUCUCCUGAAGCUUCUGCCAGUGGUGAAAGAAUCCAGAAGAGCGGAGUUGGAUAAUUGUUAUCUAACAGGUGAAAGUUGUGAAGUUCUGUCCUCAGUUCUCAGUUCAAACUCCUCCAAUCUGAGAGUUCUGAACCUGAGUCUCAAUAACCUGAAGGAUUCAGGAGUGAAGCUGCUCUCUGAGGGACUGAUGAAUCCAAACUGUAAACUGGAGACACUUUGGUUGGCUCGUUGUUCUCUAACAGGUGAAAGUUGUGCAGCUCUGUCCUCAGUUCUCAGUUCAAACUCCUCCAAUCUGAGAGAGCUGAACCUGUUGCACAAUAACCUGCAGGAUUCAGGAGUGAAGCUGCUCUGUGCUGCACUGAAGAAUCCAAACUGUACACUGGAGAAAUUGACGUUGGCUGAUUGUGAUCUAACAGGUGAAAGUUGUGCAGCUCUGUCCUCAGUUCUCAGUUCAAACUCCAACAAUCUGAGAGAUCUGAACCUGAGUGAGAAUAACCUGCAGGAUUCAGGAGUGAAGCUGCUCUCUGAGGGACUGAAGAAUCCACACUGUACACUGGAGAUACUGGAGUUGGCUUGUUGUUAUCUAACAGAUGAACAUCAUGAAGUUCUGUCCUCACUUCUCAUUUCCAAUCUGAAACAUCUGAACCUGAGUUACAAUAAGCUGCAGGAUUCAGGAGUGAAGCUGCUCUGUGUUGCACUGAAGAAUCCACACUGUAAACUGGAGAUACUGGAGUUGAUAAGCUGUAAUCUAACAGGUGAAAGUUGUGCAGCUCUGUCCUCAGUUCUCAGUUCAAACUCCUCCAAUCUGAGAGAUCUGAACCUGAGUGAGAAUAACCUGCAGGAUUCAGGAGUGAAGCUGCUCUCUGAGGGACUGAGUAAUACAAACUGUAAACUGGAGAUACUGACGUUGAUGGAGUGCAGUAUUACAGAACAAAGUUUUGAACAUCUGGCUCCAGCUCUGAGAUCAUUAGCCCUUAAAGAACUGAAUCUGAGGCACAAUAAUCUAGGAGAAUCAGGAAUUCAACGUUUCCUUGAGCUGGGCAGAGAUCCACUCUGUAAAACUAAGUUUCUACGUUUAUGGUGACACAGCACCUAGACCUGUGUGUGGUCAGCACCUCAUGUUCAGAUGGAAUGAUCCUUAAUUUGACCUGCUUUAUUAGCCAGCUAAAGCUUCACCAUGAGCAGAGAUAAGAAGUGGUGCAUCACCAUCAUCUUCUAGUGACAGUUCAACCAACGGUGGAACCCCAGUAUAAUGAUGCACACAUGAAUUAGCCUGGACAUGAUGAGUCCCAAUUGGAUGUUUGGCAAGAUCUCUACAACCAAUCCAGCCAAUCUCUGUCAGUUACAGUAAUCACACUGAUCUUCUGCUGGCUGCUCUGUGUGGGAACAGGAAACCACCCUUUAAUACAUAUUAAGAUAAAAGCUGGUGUAAAAAACACCUUAGUUUGGAAGAAAAUUACUUUUGGCAAGAUUUAUUAUAAAUGUAGUUAAUGUAAAUGAUGAUGAUGUAAAUUAUGUUACUGGAUGCUGUACACUCAGAUUUAUUGUAUCUGUUUAAGUGUAGAAACGAUCUUUCUAAUAUUUUUACUUUAUUAUACAAACUGUAUGUUCUUCCUCAAAUCCUGUCAUAACCCUACCUUUAAUCUUGUAAUGUGGUGCCAUCACACACCCAUAGUAACAUAAUUUGCAGUAAUUAAUGUGGUUUAGUAGCUCCUUGUCUGUUCUGGCCAUCUCACACAAAUGCUCAGUGGUCAUCAUCUUCCUCUGUGAUAUUUUUAGCACGUUUCUGAUGUGAAUGUGUUCCUCAGUGUUCAGACUUCAAAUCUAUACGUGAUUAUUGGCCAGACAAAGGCUCCCUCAGAAAACCAAACCAAAUUAUUUUCAACUUUAACUCUAACCAAAACUGCCUAGAUUCACAUAUUUUGGUAAAGAUGGAGUUAAUGAAAUACCAGCAUUAUCUAAUCCUUGUUUGUUAAAUGUAUUUCUAAAGCUACAAAAACUUUCUGAAAGAGUGACUUAAACCCCUGUGUCUACAAGAAAUGAACAUUUCUGGUUAUAAAGGGUAUAUUAUAUAAUUAAUAGCUGAUAAUCAAAUACGGGGCACCACUGGCAUUUUUUAAGGAUAAAUUACCAGAAAAACUGAAUUCAUAACAGAUCAGUCACUUUCUGUUGGAGUAAAGUUUGUUAGUGGAGUAUUUCUCUAGUGUAAAUCUGUAGGUAAAACUAUUACUGGGAAAUAAUAUAUGAUGAUCUGUAGUGGAGUGAAUGGUGGGUAGAACCAGGAGGUUUAGAGCCUGAUUUAAGUUUAUGCUAAAAAAAAAACAAGCAUGUGUGGUGUGUUUCGGUCGGCCAAGAACUCAAGGACUGUUGCUUCUGGGGGUGUUUAAUCAAACUGAAGAUCUCUCCUUUUCUUUCUCCGAGGAUGUACAGAUUAGGAGCACAAAGGUCAGCACACACAGUGCAAUUCGGUGAAGAUUUGGAUUACCUACACACAGCCGAAUAGGAACUUCACCUUGUAACACGUAACGAUUUAUAAGUGUUAGACCUGUUUAAUCUACAUGUAAGUAUUUAGAUUUUGUUCUUUUAUAAUGUUAGUGAUAUUAAGAGUUAAACGUUCACUUCCUCUGGGAGCCAAAUUAGAAUGUUUUUGCAUCACCUACUGACCACAUGUGGUUAAUUGCAUGGUGGGAGAAAACUUUUUUAUCACUUGAUCUUACGGAAAGUUCAACUUCCAUUGGCUAUAACUCCUGCAUUUACUUAUUAACUGUUAUUGUGUGUUAUUUUGUUAGUUCAAUAAACAUCAUACCAGUUCAGAAUU